CCUUUAUUUUUCUUCUUUCCUGUUGGGUGUGUGAGUGUGUAAUGCUUUUGUUGAUGACGUCCAAAUUUAAUUUGGAGGUGGGUGUUUGCUUUGGUGUGACCAGGCUGAAUUACCCAAAACCUGUGAAGAAGAAAACUGGAACUAGUCGGUUCACUAAACCAAAAAGGAGGAAUGCAUACAUCUGUUGUAGUAAUAAGAUGGGGAUAAGGGGUAUUUGGUUGCACCGACUUUCUCCCCCCUCACAGAAAUUAAGAAGCAAGUUCCGGGCGCGCAGAGACAGGAAUCAAUCCCGAUGCCGGGUUCAGGAAAAGGAAUUAGGAUCCGGAAAUCCGCCGGAGCCACAAGAUGAUGCACGUGAGAAGAAAGAAGAUUUGGACGACUCUAUGAGUGACUCAUCAUCAUCAUCAUCAUCACAAGAAGAAGAAGACUCAAGAAAAGGACACGAGGAAGAAUCGAAAGAGCAUAAGAGUGAAGUAGAGCUGGAGUACGGCCCAUGUAGUGAGGACGCUCCCUGUAGACUUUUCCGGGAACUGCCGGAGGACACCCCGUGUAGGGUAUGCCUUCGGAUGGGCUGCAACAUUCUUGUCUGUCCCUUGUACUGGGGUAAGGUCCCUCCUUGGGUGACUGAAGUUGGAGAGGACUAUCGAAUUGCUUGUCGGCUAUGCAAUUGCAUUGAUGAUCGGUGUGGGCACUAUGGUAUGAGAUAUGUUCGUCUUAAACGUCGUAUCAUCCGCAAAACAGCUUGAUCGCCCGAUGUUUGAUCCAUGAUGAUGCACUAUUUAUAACUACUCUCUAUAGUAUUUUAUAAAAUGAGAAGUGAUAUGAUUAUUUUAUUUUGUCAAAUGUUUAACACGACCAUCCAGUGAGAGAAGACGUGAUUUAAGAAUAUGAAUAUUAAUGUGGGAUCUUUUUGUGAGAUUGAAGAGUACAUUACUUCAAACACCAUAGGUACUAAUGCCAUGGGCCCUUCAACACGGGUUAAAGGAGACUUGAUGACGGGUCACCCUACCGGCCGGCAAGCUGUGAAUAUAAUUGGUACAUUCAGAUUGUUCGAGACGACCAAGGUGUGGGAAUGAAAUGGGUUGUGCUUC